AUGACCCUGUGUGGUGCAGAUCUGACACACCUCUACCAGGCAGUGGGUAGUUCACUGACCGACGGCACAAUUCUUCGAGUCGCCAUUAGGACGUUGCUUGCUUUGAAACAGUUACACGAAAUCGGCUUCGUCCACCGUGAUGUCAAGCCGUGCAAUUUUGCCGUAUCAUCCGCAUCACCCAGAAUCAUUCACGUUAUCGAUUUUGGUAGCCUUUCGUGGUACAUUGCGGUAUUGUUCUCUGGCUGUACAUCGUCGAUCAGAGCAGGGCCGUGUGGGUCUUGGGCCUACAUGUUCAUCGAAAUGCGCGAUUCAUUACCAUGGGCAAAAGUGAACCAUCCAGAAGCUGUUCUUGGUCUGAAGGAAGAAACUCCUCUUGAGAAACUGUGUUGUUCAGACCUGUCCAAGGUUUUCUUGCCAAUAAUAAAAUCGUUCGUCAAGUUAGGCUACUUCGAUAGACCAGAUUACAAAAUGAUAUUCGAAACGCUCAUGGAAGAAGUUAAAAAGUUGAAAGUUAAUCUGACAGACCCUUACGACUGGGAUGGAAAAGUUGCUACCGAUCCCGAAGUAAGCGAAAAACUUGCUGAAGGUAUGUCAGAUUUCUUUUUCUUUCUGUCGUCUGCCAAAGCCAAAUACAUGGCGAGUGACUACGAGCAGCUAGCCAUAAUAGCUAGCCAUACACGACGUCUGGGAAAGGCGUGCCCAUGGACUUGCCCGCGGCGGCUACGUGCCUGUGGAGCGGGUUAA